AUGGCUAAGUGCAAGCAGUCCUUAACAGGUACCUUUUCAACAGGUAAUCUGUUCAUUGUCAACCUCGCAGUAGCUGACCUGGGUGUAUCCGUCGUGGUCAACCUCGCCUCCGUUGCCGGGAGCAUAACCAGCGAAGAGGGUAUCUUUAUCAAGUACGAGUGGUUAUGUGAAGUCAUCGCUGUUGUAUGCAUCGUUACGUGUUCCUGUUCACUGUGGAGCAUUGCUGCCAUCGCCUUCAACCGUUACGUGUGGAUCUGUCACUGGCAGCGGUACAGGAAGAUCUUCAACCGCCGGACCGUGCCGAUAAUGAUUGCUGGACUGUGGGUCAUUGGGUUCCUCAUCGAUCUACCGAACAUCUUGGGCUGGGGAACACAUACAUUUGAUUGGAAGGUGAUGUCUUGCACCGGAGGAAUGUCCUUUGUCUACUCCUACGCCAUUUACUUCGCCAUGACGGCUUUCGCUGUUCCUCUUAUGAUCAUCACCUUCAGCUACAUCGGCAUAUUCCGCUUCGCUCGAAAAGCCACUCUCGCCCUCGAACGCGUCCGCAAUAAGGAUGGCGUCCAGAACAAGAACGGCAAAGGCAAGGGCGGACGUGCCGCCCGACCGGCUGAUCUUCGCCUGGCUCGCUCAGUACUGGCCAUCGUCAUCAUCUACCUUUUGAUGUGGUCGCCGUACUCAUUGACCGUGCUCAUUGACCACCGUGUCGUGUACGAUCGCAAACUUUAUAUUCUCUCAUACACCCUCGCCCAUACCAACAGUAGCUUCAACUGCGUCAUUUAUGGAGCGACUAACCAACAGUUUCGCCGCGGUUACAUGCAUUUCAUUCGACUUCUUUUCUGUCGCGCUAAGAAGGUGGACCUGUUGGCUUCAGUUACCGGUACGGUUGGAACCGGAUCGUUACGGAAUAACCGCGUGCAUCCCGCAGAGCAGACGUCGCCAGCGACUCAAGAAAGCGCCGUACACUGACGUUGAGAACGAAGUUGUUAGAUGCGCCGAAAAACUUCUGAUUCUGAUAUUACAGUAGCGAUGUGUCCACCUGGUUGAUAAUGCCAUGGUCAGAGUUGAUGAGAUAAACGUUGUAAAUAUGCAUAGUAUGUUUUACAAGAAUUUAACGACAAAUGUGCAUGUCGUAAUUUCCUUCAGCAAGGAAUUCAUCCACAGUGUGCUGCACUCGACCCAGGUGAGGUAAAUGGGUACCGGCAGGAAGUAAUUCCUCAAAAAGCUAUGUGCACCUGAAUAGGUAGCCUAGCUUAGCCGGGUAAUAAUAAUAGCAGGGCCCGCUGGGAGAACAGUUUUCGGAACUGAAGUGGCUACCCCAGGUAAAUAUAUCGUUAUUAUUAUUAUUAGAAUUAAGACGUCAUAGUGCACAAUGAUAGAUGCGAGUGAAUGCGGUCGGAGACAGAUUGAAAGAAUUACAAAUACCAAGUGUUUUAAAAGCUCAAAGGGGAAUAAAACCUUUGGAACAAGUAGGCUUGUGUCAAAACAGAAAAAUCAAAGAAGAAGAAAAAAAGAAAGUUUGAGAAAAUCAGACAAAUAAUGAGAGAGUUAUGAGUUUUUGAAUAUUGCAAUCACUAAUUCUCUGGAGAUCCUCCUAUUGGCAAUGCGACAAGGAUGUGUGAUGUCACAUGUGAACAACUUUCCCUUUGCUGGACUAUAAAAUAACCCAAAAAUUUCUCUUUUUGCUUUUUCUUAUGGUGAUACAAACUCUUUAUCCAUGAUGUAUUCUUUAAAAAUCUGUAUUACAUGCCCUCCUAUAGAAAGAAUAUAUACUCUACUGAUAGAUGUGAAAAAAGAGGCAGUUUAAAGUGAAAUAUGUACUAAAGCAACGGGGAGAGUUGUUCAUAAGUGACAUCACACAUCUUUGUCGCAUUGCCAAUGAGAGGAUCACCAUAGCAUUAGUGAUCACGAUAUUCAAAUGCUCAUAACUUUCUCAUUAUUUGUCCGAUUUUUCUCAAACUUUUGUUGAUCUGUUUCUUUGAUUUUUCUGUUUUCACACAAGUUAUCUUGCUCCAAAGAUUUCAUUCUCCUUUAAAGAAAAAAAAGUAAACUUAUUUCAGAGGCUAUGAUUUUUGACUGCCUCUAAAAUUCAUCUUCUCCACAUUGAUAAAGUAAGGCAUCGGCCAAUUGUAUGUGCUACUAAAUCUACUGUAGUAAUUGCCUUGAUUGAUUGGGCUAUACUUCCUACAACAUUGUGAAUUGUGACGCCCGGCAAAAAUCAAUUUCUUAAUCAGCAUUUUCAAUUAUCUAUCAUAUUGAAUGACUAAGAAUGUGAUAUUGAUGUACUAUCAGAGUACUUUGUUAAUGUGUUCCAAUGUGUCAAUAAAUGAAAAAAACCUCAUAUCCUUUAAUUUGGCCUUGCCCUUUGAUUACAAAGGUGAUAAUGUUUCAAAUAUCUAAUUGCCAUCUCCUCAAUAAAGGACGUAGAGACAUAUAACAAAUUAUUGUCUAGCUAGAGGUUGAAUAUAACAAAUUAUUGUCUCCAAAGCUGCUCUGCAUUGUGCUUUCAGCUUUCAUGAUUAAUUUACAUUUUGUGCACACUGAAACCGUGCACUGACUGAAAGAGAGAAAAUAAAUAAUGACUAUUGUCUAGCUAGAGGUUGAAUAUAAGAAAUUAUUUUCUACAAAGCUGCUCUGCAUGUGUGCUAUCAGCUUUCAUGAUUAAUUAACAUUUUGUGUACACUGAAGCAGUGCACUGACUGAAAGAGAGAAAAUAAAUAAUGGUUAAUAUAAGGUGAUCUUUGGAAUUAGAUUGUAAAUCGGCCCUUUUUUAGCUCUGCUGUACAGUUGGCCUUUCUGACAAAUUUUCUUUUAAUGACGAUUUUCAUUCAUAUAAUACUUGCAGUUCCUCUCAUUUUCACUUACCAUUGAAGAGAACUAACGUAGCUAAAAAAAAAUUGUAUUCAAAGGUCCACAUUAUUUGGAACCUUCCUAUAUAUAAAAGAUAGCCCUUCCCUUUCCGUCUUCAAAAGGCGAUUAAAAUAAUUUUUAAUUAACAACCACAAUACUUAAUUCUUUUUUCUAUAUUUACAGGCUUUAUCUUUACUUUUACGUCUUUAGAUGUUGUGUAUUGUAAGAGUUUUUUGUGUAACAUUUGUAUUUUUUUCUUUUGGUGGCAGCACCAAUAAGGCCUUCUAUGCUGUCUCUUCGUUUCAAAAAUGGUUUAUAUUUCUUGUGUAUCUCUAUAUCAACAUGUUUGUAAAUGUAAUUUUUCAUCUAUAAACAAAAUAAAUGCAUAUGAAUGAAUGAGUGAAUAUGUGUGUAUAUACAAUUAAAUAAAUAAAAUCUAUGCUAUCUGUUUUCAUGAUUAAUUCACAUUUUUGUGCAUACUGCAACAGUGCACAGAGAAAAGGAAAGAGAGAAUAAAUAAUGGAUCAAUAAGGGUUGAAGUAUAUACUAUUAAUCUUCUAUCAGUGAACAUUUCUCUUUGAAAGCUAUCUUUUGUAGUUUUUAUCUGAAAAAACUUUUUUUCUUCAAAAUGUUAUUCUUUUUCAGUUUGACAAUUAACGGCCCAUAUCAGUGCUAGAUCCAGCUGGGUUGGAUACAAUACAUGUAUAUUUUUGCAAGCCGUAUCAUUCGUGCUUGAUAGUCCACCCCUAAAACUGUUGUGUAAAAUCCAGCUGGAUCUAGACCUGCCUAGGGUAUACACUGAUAGGGCAAUGGAAUUUGUUUGUUCUGGUAGACAGUGUAUUUAGAGAGUGGAAAUCACUCAACAAUUCCGAAGGGAUUGUCCAAAAAUUGUCAACAGAACAAUUCAUCAAAUCACAUUUGAGGGCAAUUUGAUACAGUUUCAGACAUUGUUGCUGAGACCUCAUUCAUGUGUAAAACAUAUUGAGGUGUGUGAUAUUAAAAAUAUUCCUGUGAUUUAUAUUAAAACCAUGUGCCUGUAUUAUAUGACUCUAAUCUACAGGGAUUUAAUAUCCUUGAAUAGAUUACAUGUACAUGUAUGUAGUGAGGAAAUAAAUAGGUCUACCGAUUAAAAAUACAAUUACAUGUUGAAAAUCAGGUCAAUUUUGCAAUGUGUAAUUGUGUAUGUAUCAAAUAGGAUGAACAAAUAAAUGAUAGUAAAUUAUAGAAGCUGACAAGUGAAUAAGCAACCUGUUGUUAAGGCGACACAUGAUUUAAGACUUAUAUUGCCUCAUUCUAUUUGAUUCAUAUUUUCUAAUGUGGAAUUCCGACCUGAUGGUUCUAAUAAAAGCAGAAAUAUGAGAGAAAAAUAUCAUCUAUUUUGAUGAAAAUAUAGAUGGAUAACAUAAUCAUUUUGGGGGUGUGAGAGUUCAGCUUUUUUGGUUUUGAUUUUAAAGUGAUUGGUUAACAUUGGUUUGACUUUUAAAAAAUUUGAGCUAGGUCACACUUGUCACCUGUGUCUGUGAUAUGUUACAAAAAUGAAGCCCAGAAAAUAUUGCGUUCGAAAAUAAUUAUUUAGUGCUUCAAAAAUUGAAAUAUAAAGUGACCGGAAACACCAUCUUAAUUUCAGCCCAUAGACUUAUGUGUACUAUUUAGGCGUCUAUAAGACGCCUAUUUACAAAAUCGGGGUUUGCCUUGUAGUUUUAGCUUUUCAUUCUCAAUAAUGGUUGUUUUCAGGGUUUAUUAGUUCUAAUACAUGCACUUGUACACAUGUUUCAUCUUGGUUUGAGAAUUGUUUAAAUCGGCUGCUCACAAAGUUAAACAAUACCUUUAAGCUUAAUUUCAGCUUAUUUUACCUGUCCAGUGUACAAGAAGUAUGGGAGCUCUUCCAAUAUCACCUAUUUUCAAAUAUGUUCAGCUUAUUUUUUCUAUAGCUCUUUUUAUUUGUGAUCACUCAUACUCCUGUUUAUAGAAUGAAAGAGAAUGAUGAAUAAAAAAAAUUUGUUUGUGCACUAAAGCAGUAAAGUCAAAUUCAUUCUUCAUGCAUUUUUUAAAGAAAAAUAUAUUAAAUUUAUCAUGAACUUGUAGACAUUCCUGAUUCACACAAAAUGGAGGAGCAGCUGGAAUAUAAACAUCACAAAAUGUAAACUCACGAUUCAUUAUUCUAUUAUCCUUUGCUGAAUCUUGCCAAACCUUCAAUAAUUCUCUCAAAUUUGUGCUUUUAAUACCAAAACUAAUGGAACAUACAGUAAGGGUCUGUCUCCCCUUCAGAACAAAUCUGCGGGCACUUAAAAACUUAAAAGAAACAACAAAUGGUAUUCAGUUUUCAUACGAAAGGAAUCAAUAUUUAUUAAAUAUUUUCUCUAAUGAAUCACCUUAAAAGUAAUGUUCAUAUCUCGAUGUAAUUUCUUACAUUUUCUUUAAAGGGGAAUCCAGCCUUGGCCAUAAAAUGUUGUGUUGGGAAGGAGAAAAAUAAAUUAAACAGAAUGGUGAAAGUUUGAAAGAAAUCGGACAAGCAAUAAGAAAGUUAUAGCUGCUUUAAAAUUGAGAUCACUAAUACUAUGUAGAUUUCAAAUUGGCAACUGCGUAAGUAAAUUAUGACAAGGGGCAAGGACAACUUUCCCAUAGGCCAUGUACUUUAUUAUCAGGGAUUUGUGGUUUUCUCCUAGGUACCCAUUCCCCUGGGGCAGUAAUCUAAAUAUAACCCAGGUAGUAUAUUGUUGUAUGUCCUCAUGAAAGAAAAAUAUAAUUUGAAAUAAAACUUUUGGGGAAAAUGACAUUUUAGCCAUUUUAUGUAUUGGAGUACAUGGAAGGGUAGUCCUUGCCUUACAUCACUAUGAAACCCAUAUGCGGCCAAUUUGAAGUCUCCAUGGGUAUAGUGAUUACCAAUAUUAACAACUUUUAAAAAUUCAUAACUUUCUUGUUGUUUGUCCAGAAUUGUUCAAACUUUCACCUAUCAACUUGUCUGAUUUUUCUUUUCCUUAUAAAAACAAGUUUUUAUUUGGGUUGGAUUCCCCUUUAAGGAUUACUGUACAUUUUGAAGAGAAAUUAAAACCAAUUUAAUAAGGAUGUUUUAUCUAGUUUCUGAGUCAUUGAUUUAUCACGAGUGAGCUGUUGCUUGCAUCUGUUGUCCAAGCUAUAUUGUACAUGAGGGAUGUAAUGUAAACUGGCAUCAAAUCCUGGAGCUACGUUUUUCAGAUGGUGACAUUAAGACUUACAGAGAAUUGACAAACACUACACACUUUUCUACAUUAUAAAUUACAAGACCCUAAUUUGAUUAUUUGUGUUCAUGCUGGUUUGUUUAAUUACAUGUAACAGGUCUUAUAAUUCAGACUAGAUUAAUAGCAAUGGAUUGCCAUUUCUCCAAGGAAUUUGCAUACAAAUUUGCAAACUUUGAAUUCGGUCAGAAUAAAUAAUUUCAUAUAUGGGAUAAGGGGCAGUUACAUACAUGUAGUGUUAUUUUCAAAUUCUUUUCAAAACUCAAGAUUUUUCAUUUCCAAAAACACUGAAAUAAUUUCUGUUACAAUCGCAAGCACGCGAGCAAUUAAUUUUGUUUGUAUUUUCAGGGGCUACUUUUCCCAACUUGCUGUUUAAAUGUGCAACAUGGGAUAAGACUUAACAUUGCAAUAAAUGGGGAUUUUCCAGGGCUCCUUUUUUUUACUUUCAGGGCCCUUUUUUAGCAUUUCAGGGGCAAAAUUGCCCCCAGCCCCCAUUUUUCUUCCUGGUCACAAGUUUUCUAAGGUUAAUGCCAGAUUUGUUUAAAGAAAACAUACUAUAGUAGCACUAGAUUCAUAGAUAGCAAUUUGGAGAAAAAUUAAAAUAAAUCCAUACAAAAACCUUUUUAGGGCUCUUACAUGUACAUGAAUUCCACUCUGCAAACACCCAUGUGCCUAACUGCAAAGAUGAAGGUCAUGGAUCAAUUUUGAAGUCGAUAUGCCAAAAUGUCUUUAAGUCAUCGCAAGAACAACACGGAAUGGACAAAUAUUCAAGUAUGUAUACAAAUAAUAAAAAUAUACAUGAAAUGCCUCCAGCGAUUACCUACAUGUAAAUAUUGUGAAAGGGAUCAAUAAUUCAUCCAUUGAAAAUGUUCCCCACAAAGACAUUUUUUAAUAAAAAUCUAAAGUAUCACAAACGUGUCUCCUACCAUCUCCUCUACCCAUUGGUACUCUGGUGUCUGGAAUGAAGUAAAAUUUAGCCUCCAAAAUGUGAACAAUUACCCAUAUAAUUGGCAAAUUAGCCCAAAUAAGUGGUAAAAUAGCCCAAAUGAAUUACAAUUGGGUUCAAUAAAAAGGUAAUUUGGAAUGCAGUCUCUAUGAGAAGUAGAUAAAAUAGCCCCCUGUAUAGAAUUUCAUUUUUUUUGUUACCCAUAAUCCAUCAUAAAAUAUCACCUGAACCAAUGUUGUUGCUAGAUGGCGCUAUGUAUUUCCUUUACCCAUGCUGAUGGUGUCAUUACCUCACACAUUUUGGAACCUGGUUGACAGACUACAAAUCAUCUCUGGGCUAUUGACAUCGUAGAAUAUGUGAUCUAGCGCACCAUUGGCAAACUUGGUUUGUAUUUUAUUUUCUUCUCUGGCGUAGACUACUUGGUUGAAGUACUAUAAAUUCUCAAUGGUGUUACAGAAAGGAACAUAGAUCCGUGUUUGCUGCAGUAAUGAACCCAUUCUCUUCAAGGAAUGUGUGAUCUACUGUUUCACUAGUAGGCCCAGUUUGUAUUCUGUUUUCUUCUCUGGCGUAGACUACUUGGUUGAAGACUUGAAGUACAUGUACUAUGAAUUCUCAAGUGGGUCACAGGAAGAAACAUAGAUCCUUGUUUGCUGCAGUAAUGAACCCAUUCUCAUCAUGGAAUAUGUGAUCUACCGUUCCAUUUGUAGACCCAGUUUGUAUUCUGUUUUCUUCCCGUAGCGCACAUGUAGAUCAGUUGGUUGAAGGACUAUAUAUUCUCUCUGGGUCACAGGAGGGCACAUCGAUCCUGGCUUGCAGUGGCAAUUAACCCAUUCACAUAGGGGAAUAUCACACCAUUUGCAAACCCAGUUUGUAUAGUUCAUUUCUUUCUGUGGCAUUGAUUAGUUCUCAGGGCCACCAAGUCUGUAAUACUGCGGAAGCUCAUGAGUGAUCUUCAGAACCUCAUCGUACAGCUCCAUAUC